AUGGGUGUUCCAGCUCUUUUCCGGUGGUUAUCUUCGAAGUAUCCUAAAAUUAUAUCCCCUGUUGUCGAAGAAAUCCCGCAAGAAAUCGACGGCGAAGAGGUACCAGUAGAUACAACGAAGCCAAAUCCAAAUGGCGAAGAGAUGGACAAUCUAUACUUGGAUAUGAAUGGAAUUGUCCAUCCAUGUACUCAUCCUGACGGAAAGCCUCCCCCUGAAACCGAGGAAGAUAUGAUGCUGGAGAUCUUCAAAUAUACCGAUCGAGUCGUGAAUAUGGUCAGACCUAGGAAACUAUUGAUGAUUGCUGUUGACGGUGUUGCUCCACGUGCUAAAAUGAACCAGCAACGUUCUCGUCGAUUCCGUUCUGCACAAGAAGCAAAGGAAGCGGACGAAAAGAAAGAGGAGUUCGCCAAAUUGCUAAGGAAACAAAAUGGAAGCAAAGGAGGCGAGGGGCUAGUAGAGGAAGUCAUUACGAAGACAUGGGACUCCAACGUAAUUACUCCUGGAACACCCUUUAUGGACGUUCUUGCUGCAGCGUUACGCUACUGGGUGGCAUAUAAACUCAACACUGAUCCCGCAUGGGAAAAUUUGAAAAUCAUUAUCUCAGAUGCCACAGUUCCUGGUGAAGGUGAGCACAAGAUUAUGGAAUUCAUUAGAUCGCAAAGAUCGUGCGCCGAGCAUGAUCCAAAUACUCGUCAUGUGAUAUACGGUCUUGAUGCUGACUUGAUUAUGUUGGGACUUGCGACGCAUGAACCUCACUUUCGAGUUCUUCGAGAGGAUGUCUUUUUCCAAGAAUCUAAAGGGAGAACUUGCCACUUAUGUGGACAAACUGGCCAUAUAGCCGAAGCAUGUAAAGGUACUGCGAAAGAAAAGAAUGGAGAAUUUGAUGAAAAAGGAAAAGGAAGUCCGCUCAAACCAUUUAUUUGGCUCCACGUCUCCGUCCUUCGUGAAUACCUUGCUGUUGAGAUGCAUGUUCCCCAGCAGCCUUUUCCUUUCGAUUUAGAGAGAGCUCUAGAUGACUGGGUAUUCAUGUGCUUUUUCGUGGGAAAUGAUUUCUUACCUCAUCUACCCUCAUUAGACAUCAGAGAAAAUGGCAUCGAUACUCUAAUUGCAAUAUGGCGUGACAAUAUACCUGCCAUGAACGGCUAUUUAACAAAAGAUGGCCAUGUUGAUUUAGGCAGGGCCCAACUGAUUUUGCAGGGACUGGCGAAGCAAGAGGAUGCUAUCUUCCGCCGCCGUCGCCAAACCGAAGAAAGAAAAAACGCGAACCCCAAAAGGAGGAAGGAGGAAGAAAGAUCUCGAGAAGAAGAAAGAUCCCGAGAGGAAGAGCGCUCGCGCAAAAAGCGCAGAAGCUCUCCUAAUUAUGGAUCUAUGGAAAACGAACUCGUUCCCCCUCCUCUCAUUGUUCCUGGAAAAGGGCACUACCUCUAG